AUGUCUACAGUUUUGGACCCCAGCGACCCAGGUGUUAGCAAGCACGACAUGGCUCAGUUGCUUUACGAACGUGACAAGACAACAACCCUUCACUCCAAAAUAACUCGAGCACAGCUUGCCACCAAAGUGCGAAAGGCGCAGCCGCAUCUCUUCCCAAAUCCUGAUACCGACGAUCCAGCCCUGGACUCGAAUGAAUUGCCGCACCAACAACAGGAAUCAGGUGAUCGAAAGGUGUUUGGCAGCAUGGAGUCUCAUAAUCCUAUGCCUUCACCUUCCACGAGUGGUCGGAACUCACAAGACUUGACAUCGAUCGCCACAAUCGCUCCUCCUCGUAAAGCAAAGCGUGUUUCUUUCGAUCCACCGAUCUCCACAUGUUACCUCCUACAUGACGUCAAACCAAAUCUUGCGGAUAUGGGGCCUGCUCGAAAAGCAAAGCGAGUGUCUUCUGAUGAUCACAGUGGUUCUACCAUGAUGAAGAAAAAGAAAAAAAGUCAAUGGAACAGCAAAUUCCAGACCACCCGACCAGUAACAGUAUACCAAAGUCUACAGGAUCAGUGCGAACAUACCAGAGAGUUAAGUGUGCUUCAGGAGCCUCUGGUUCUUCCUGCUUUGAACCCGUCAAGUAAUCGUGUGGAAGAUAAUAACGAGGGUUUGGAAGAACAACUGAUUUCUCUUGGGUCAGAAGAGGGCAAGCCAGACACUUCAAGUACUCAUCGCUAUGAAAUGGACUUGAUGGAAUUUCCCGAGUUAGAUAUAUUUGAAAGUGAAAAUACCAUAUUGGGAAGGAACAUUGAUCCCAUUCCUUUCAAACCCUCUAUCGAGCCAAAUUCAGAGCUACCAGUACUCUCGGGAACAGACUACUUUCAAAUCCAAAGAAGUAAAGAAGAGCAACUUGCUACCCUCGAAGAGCGUGUGGCAUCUUUCGAAGACAUGAAACAAAUCAUCGUCACUACUCAGACACGUUUAGACUUUCUAGAGAUGCAGGUUGAAAGACUAGAGAAUGAAUUGCAGUCAGCUCGUAAUGACAUCAAUGAGCACGACAAAGUCCUUACUGGCCUGCUUUCAGUUGAAGAAGGGGAAGAUUCUGGUACUGGCAGUUCCGUCUCAGAUUAG